AUGCUGUGUCAGGCCCUUCGCAGAAUUUGUCAAAAGCUGGUACGCAGACGAAUGUUGGAGGAAGACGUGAAUGAGAUGGCCCCUGCCAGAAGACUGACCACUCUGGAUUUAGUGGCACUGGGUGUGGGCUGCACAGUGGGAGUAGGUGUGUUUGUCCUGGCUGGUGAGGUGGCUAGAGAUAUAACAGGACCAUCCAUUGUGAUUUGUUUGUUGGUAGCCAGCCUAUCUUCUAUAUUGGCUGGGCUGUGCUAUGCAGAGUUUGGUGUCCAGGUUCCCUAUGCUGGCUCUUCAUAUCUCUACACUUAUGUCACUAUGGGUGAACUCUGGGCUUUCAUCACUGGCUGGAACCUUAUCAUCUUCUUUGUUGCUCAUACAGCCACUGUGGCCCGGGCUUGGACCUUAGCUUUUGACAAUCUGCUUGGGAACCAGAUCUCUCAGACCCUGCAUGAGAGCAUCUCACGGAAUAUUCUCCAGGUCCUUGGAGAAAUUCUAGGCUUCAUUGUUGUGGGCCUUAUGUUGUUGCUCAUGGAAUUGCUGACACUGAGGAAUAGGUGGAUUUUCCUGGUUUCCAAAGUGUUCACAUUGGUGAAACUUUUGGUUCUCAGUUUUGUUAUCAUCUCUGGCUUCAUGAAGGGGGACCUGCACAACUGGAAGCUCACAGAAGAGGACUACAUAAAGGCUGGACUCAAUGACACCUCUAGCGUGGGGCCUCUGGGCUCUGGAGGAUUCAUGCCUUUUGGCUUCAAGGGGAUUCUCCGUGGAGUAGCUAUCUGUUUCUAUGCAUUUAUUGGUUUCAGCAUUAUUAUUACCAGAGUUGAAGAAGUCCAGAAUCCCAGGCGUUCCAUCCCCAUGGGAAUUGUGAUUUCACUGCUCAUCUGCUUUUUGGUGUAUUUUGGAGUCUCUGCGGCACUUACACUCAUGGUGCCUUACUACCAGCUUCGACCUGGGAGCACCUUGCCUGAGGCAUUUCUCCAUAUUGGCUGGGCAACUGCCUACUAUAUUGUAACUUUUGUAUUCCUCUGUAGUCUUUCUGUCAGCAUCUUUGGCUUUGUGUUCCCCAUUCGUAAUCUGAUAUACAUGAUGGCACAGGACGGCCUCCUGUUCCCUGUCCUUGCCAGAAUCCAAACCAGCACAUACAUGCCUAAUGUGUCCACUGUAAUCUUGGGCAUUAUCAUAGGAAUCAUGGCAUUCUUCUUUGGACUCACUGAUCUUCUCGAUCUCAUGUCAGUUGGGGCCCUGCUAGCUUACUCCCUGAUGGCUCUUUGUGUUCUCAUCCUCAGGUAUCAGCCUGAAAGGAGGAAUGGGGUAAAAGAAGCACAGGUGCAAGAGGGGAACAGACCUGCAGCUGAGGCGCUGACUCUACAGGGACUAUUCUUUCCAGGCAGCCCCACCCCCACUCCACUCUCUGGCCGGGUUGUCGUUGUUUGCUCCUCACUGCUUGUUCUGCUGCUGACUCUUCUCUGCCUGGUGCUGGCCCAGUGGCCAGGUCUGCUCCCUGGAGACCCAGCGCCGAUCACAGUGGUUGUGCUGCUCCUG